UGUUUGUUUUAAGAAGAUUUGAAGAUGGCGACCAGCUCGGAGCGCAGUCCUCCUCCGUUCCCCGACUCCGAGGACCAAGACGUGCUGGACUCCGAGGAAGUCGGAGGCCGAGAGAGCGACGAAGACGACGACGGCGGCGGGGACGACCUCCUCUUCGUGAACCCAAGCAACCCUCCACUGACCAAAAUGGACACCACACUGCCACCUGCCAGUCAACCCAGCGAUGUUUUAAUGGAGCCUCCCAGUGACCUCAUGAAUGAUCCCUUAAUCGAGCCCUUCAGCAGCCUAACGGAAAACAAACCAACGAGCAAAAUCGUCAGCGAACCCUCGGAUGAUUUUGUCGACCUUACAAACAACUUGGCCGACUCUCCCGAAGACGCGGCCGAAAGUGUCCUCGCUGAUGUUGCCAUAGACACGACUGAAAUCCCUUUAGAUGAACCCUCAGAUGAUUUUGUUGACAUAUUUGGAGGUGAGACUGAAGCUCCACGAGAGGAAGUCGUGAUAGCGAAUGUAACUGUUAAAGCAGCAGCAGCAGCGGAUAAAAGUGAAGUGACCAGUGAUGUGACGGAUCCACCUGGGGACCUGAAAACAGGAAGUGAUUUUGAACAGGAAGCCAACGAAACCGCCACUGACUCAAUUAUCGACCUCAGUGAUGAUCUGUUAUCCAGUAACGCACAAAAGCCACCACUUGCCAGUGACCAAUUCGUCGACCCUCUGGUCGACUUCCUUAGCGACGCUCCACCCGCUGCCGAUGCCAAAAUACCCAGCCGAGCGACAGUCGACCUGUUCGAAGAUGAGGGAAACGACUUGUUCACGGAGCCGCGGCAGACUAAAUCUGCCAAGCAGCAGCAGAAAAGCCUCUUCGGCGAAGCCGACGAGGAUCUGUUCGGCGAGCCACUCGGUGCCACUACAAAGAAACCCGUCAUCAAAGAGCCGAAGGGCAAACCGGUCCCAACCAAAGCUGCUCGCGAUGUCAGCAACAUGGGCGGUCCUCUGCAAGACGGUUACACUGCAGAGCCUGCUGACAUCUUCUCUGAGGAAGCCGUCACCACAGUGCCCAGCAUCAAAAAGACCAGCGCCGUCAACUCCAAGACUAACGGAGUCCACUCUGAAGAGGACACGGAUAUAUUUGCUGAAGCAACAGUGGAGCUUUCUCUCGACAGUCCGCAGGAAGAGAGAAAGAAAGGUGUGCCGGCCGUACCGUCUGCGUCCGCCCCCUCCGUGUCAGCCGCCACCAGCCUGGCCAAGCCGCAGUCUGCUUCCCUGGAGGAGUUGGAUGAUGAUGAAGAGGAGGAGGAGGAGGAAGAAGAAGAACAGGAAGACAAAUUUGAUAUCUCUAUCUCUGUCAAAGACCCUGAAAAAAUAGGGGACGGGAUGAACGCCUACAUGGCCUACAAAGUAACCACACAGACCCCGCUGCCCAUGUUCCGCAACAAGACAUUUACAGUGAGGCGGCGCUUCAGCGACUUCCUCGGCCUCUACGAGAAGCUGUCUGAAAAGCACGGACCAAAUGGCUUUAUUGUGCCUCCGCCACCAGAGAAGAGCAUUCUGGGUAUGACGAAGGUGAAGGUAGGAAAGGAGGAUUCCUCGUCUGCAGACUUUGUUGAGAGAAGAAGAGCCGCUUUGGAGAGAUACCUCCAGAGGAUCGUACAUCACCCAUCACUUCUCCAAGAUCCGGAUGUCAGAGAGUUCCUGGAGAGAGAGGAAUUGCCCAGAGCAGUGGGCACCCAGGCUCUGAGCGGCGCCGGCUUCCUGAAGAUGAUCAACAAAGCAACGGAUGCCGUCAGCAAAAUGACCAUCAAGAUGAACGAGUCCGACGUGUGGUUUGAAGAGAAGCUGCAGGAGGUGGAGUCUGCAGACCAGCAGUUCAGGAAGCUCCACGUGCUGGUCGAAUCUCUGGUCGUUCACAGGAAAGAACUGUCGCUAAACACGGCCAGUUUUGCCAAAAGCACGGCCAUGUUGGGCAGCGCGGAGGACAACACCGCUCUGUCCCGAGCACUCUCUCAGCUGGCAGAGGUGGAGGACAAGAUGGAGCAGCUGCACCAGGAUCAGGCCACGAACGACACCUUCAACUUUGCCGAACUCAUCGCAGAUUACAUCCGCCUGCUCGGAUCCGUGAGGGGCUCGUUCGAUCACCGGAUGAAGGCGUGGCAGCGCUGGCAGGACGCGCAGGCCGCGCUGCAGAAGAAGAGGGAGACGGAGGCCAAGCUGCUGUGGGCCAACAAGCCCGACAAGCUGCAGCUGGUCAAAGAGGAGAUCGCUGAGUGGGAGGUCAAGGUGACGCAGUACGAGAGAGACUUUGACCGAGUCACUGCGACCGUGCGCAAGGAAGUCGUCCGCUUUGACAAAGAAAAGGCCAGGAACUUCAAAAGAGAGAUCAUUAACUACCUGGAGUGUCUGCUUCAGUCCCAGCAACAGCUCAUAAAGUACUGGGAGGCUUUCUUACCAGAAGCGAAAGCGAUCGCCUGAUCCUCGAGCGCCAGCCUUCAGGACGACGGCGCCGGCGGCCUUUUUCUAUACACUUUACCUCUUGCCUUUAAACCAAGGAAAAUGCGCGGCAUUGUAAAGGGAGAUACAAUCAACCAGUUUUUUUUUUUUAAAUCACCUUUAACACAUAGCUCUGUACUCCUAUUGUAUUAAUAACUGUAUAUUUUCAUUUAACCUUCCACAAAUAUUUUCUUAAUAGAUGAAAAGAGUUUGCAUAUACAAAGAUAUGGACGCGCGCAAAGAGAGAAUAGACACACGAUUCCAUUGAGUUCCACAAGAGACGGGGAAACGAACCCGAGUCCGUCGCUCUCAGGAUUUCCUCCUCCACGUCAGCAGUGGGUCUUCGUUUACAGCGCGGCCGCUCUCCUCACACGUUUCUGGGGACCCAGGUGAAGAAAGUGGCCGAGAGUCUCACUACGAUUUUUUUUUUUUUUUUUUUUUUACAACUCAAAGGGAUCAAAAAAUAAUUAAAAAAAUUUAAAAUGAGAAUGACGAGCACUUAGAUAAAGUACUUAAGUACCAGCCAUGUUUUUGUUUUGUCUUUCCAGGUUUAAAAAUACUAUUGUUGCUGAAGGGCGGGGCGUCAUUAGAUGGCUGUGGUCAAGGAGGGGGGGGGUUGCAUUGUAGGUCAAAGCUUGUGAGUUUAAUGUUUUUAGGUAUGAUUUCAAUCAUCAUUACUUAUAACCACACGUCUGUGCCUUUUUUCUUCUUUUUUUUUUUUCAAAGUCCGAAUGAUGUUUUUGGUAUAAUCCGGUUUGGGGGGAGAGUUGCACGCGGUUGUGGGCACUGCAGAGGCUCGUUACUGGAUGAGUGUCGGUGCUGGAAAGCGAUACUGGUGUACGUUAAAGCCCAUUUACUACAAAUUAAGUUAGUUUUUUUUCCCCCUCUAUAUUCUUGCUUAUAACUAAAAAAUAGCACAUAAAAGACGGCUUAUUGUAUGAAGAUCCACCUGCACAGACUUGAGACCUCACAGUCCGCAUCGUGUGCGUUUGUAGUCGUCGCGUCGUUGUCAUGCGAUAAUGCCGUAAUCGGUGGCUUUGAGGCGUAACCGGGCAACAACGACUUACUCUGAGAAGAGUACAGUAAAUGCUGCGUGGAAAAACAUUCCCAAUUGUUUUAAGUCUCCGCAAGCCAGAUGUUCAUGUUGUGGAACGAAUGGAAAGCAAACGCUGCCUCGAUCGUAGGGUUCUGAAUUCUGCUUUAAGACAAACAAAUAUGUGUUGUUCCAUCAAAGGAAAUGUAAUUGUUUAGUGUAUAAAAUUAAUAAAAUGUUUCCGAGAGCCCAAGAAGACAUCUUGAAAUAGUUUAUCUGACUAACAAUUGACAUUAAUUAGAUUUAUUUUAAAGGUACCCUGUGGAGUUUUUGAUCAGUAAUGGAGGAAUGGAGCUUUACUUUUUCUUUUUAAGGGUGGGUGAGGCGACGCAGUCCUGGUUGCUUCACGUUUAUCAGCUGAUCGGCGGCUGGUGGCAACGCAGCAAUGUGCCAAUCAAAAGACGAGACGCAAACAAUGUAGACUUCCAAAUGCCUCCACUCACAAAAAAAAAAAGGAGAUAAGAUACUUAAUGCACUUUGGUGGGAACCGGCGAAUGUAAAUACAUUUGUUGCAAAAAAAACUCAACAGGGUACUUUUUUAAAAUAAUUUUAUUAUUUACAAAGAUUAUAGAAGCAGAUCCUCAAAUUGUGAGGCACUGGAACCAGAAACUUAUUAUUAUAAUAAAAUAUAAUUAUAAUCAGAUUGUUGUUGAUCCGUUAAUUAAUUUCAGCACCGCGUGUAGUAAACGGGCGACAUGAUGAAACGGGCUGUUGACGUGAGAUUAACGUCUCGUACUAAACGUAACGAUGUCGUGAUGAACCCAACGAUUCCCACGAAGCCUCGGUAACAAACCCGUCACAUCUUUUUUUUUUUAUUCCUUUAAAUCUCACAUAUGCAGACGGUUCUUUUUCAUUUUUGAUCGUUGGAGCCAGCUGCGUUUUUUUCGGCUGUUCGACAGCACGCGGAUGAAAACUGGUUGUUUGUGCGGCCUCGUGUUGUGUGUCAUCACUCGUUUAACGUGCAGAGCAAUGUCGGCACUGUGUCAUAUAAAUUGCUUUUCAAACAAAUCAAUAAAAGUUGCACUGUUUACACUUGGAAAUUCCAUUAA